AUGUAUUCUAUGUAUUCCACCUUCGUCAACAUUCUUUACAUCCUUACUAUCAAGCUAUUGCGUGUCAUCAUCAGAGAAGAUCCAAAGGAGGUUUCGGUGUACAUCGCCGACUACAUUAUCAGUCGCAUCAAGACGUUUAAUGCUACCGAGGACCAGCCGUUUGUGCUCGGCCUGCCCACAGGAAGUAGUCCUGAGAUUAUCUACAAGAUCCUGGUACAACGCUAUCGCGCUGGUGAGAUUUCAUUUAGGAAUGUCGUGACCUUCAACAUGGAUGAAUACGUUGGCCUGCCUCGUGAUCACCCCGAGUCCUACCACAGCUUCAUGUACAAACACUUCUUCUCCCAUGUUGAUAUUCCACCGCAGAACAUCAACAUCCUCGACGGAAAUGCGCCGGAUCCUACAGCCGAGUGUGCUUCCUUCGAGGCUCGUAUCGCUCGCUACGGCGGUAUUGAGCUAUUCCUGGGAGGUGUUGGACCUGAUGGUCACAUCGCGUUCAACGAACCCGGAUCUUCGCUGAACAGCCGCACCCGAGUCAAGACACUUGCUUAUGACACAAUGCUGGCCAACUCGCGAUUCUUCGAUAACGACGUGAACAAAGUACCGCGAAUGGCUAUGACUGUUGGUAUCCAGACCAUUAUGGAGGCACGGGAGGUCGUUAUUGUGGCUACCGGUGCCCACAAGGCCUUUGCCGUGCAAAAGGGUCUCGAGGAUGGAGUGAAUCACAUGUGGACCCUGUCUGCUCUUCAGCUGCACCCGCACCCGCUGGUUGUUUGUGACCGUGACGCCACCCUGGAAUUGAAGGUGAAGACGGUGCGCUAUUUUGAGUCAAUCGAGCAGGCAGGUACAGAUGCCCGUACCCAGGGACCUGCGCUGGUCUACCGCCCUCGUACCUAUGUUCCAGCUCCUCUGCCCACGAAGAAGUUAUCACACCAGGUUCUUACCCCUACUCACACUCCCGAGAAGGUCCCCAAGGACCUGCGCAUCAACACCGAGCUCCACCGGUCGAUGGAUGAUGAUGAGUUGACACCUGAUUGCAUGUCCUCACGUAUGGUCGAUUCCGCAAUUGCAGGUUUGGACUCUGCUCUGAAGAAUGAAAUGAUAUUUGACCGUAUGGGUACUCGUGUGACCUCUCUCUAA